AUGAGGCCCUCUAUAGCAUGUGCAAACUGCAGGGCCAAGAAAGUCAAGUGCGUGGUCGACCGCGAAGGUGUCAGCUGUCACUAUUGUUCGGUCCGCAAGACUUCUUGCUCCUAUGUAAGAAAGUCAGCAUGGGAGAUCGCUCCAGGCACACCCAGUGCUGCGCCUGACCGCGGUUUUAUCGUUCGUCCCGGCUUUGACAGCGGCUCAUCCCACCCCUCGCCCAACUACCGUCUGACGGAUGAUGAGGGCAAGAUCGACAUCGGUCUCGGGCGGCCACAAGACGUCUUGAGAGAGCGGGAGCUAGCGCAGUCUCUCCUCCUGCUCUAUUUUGAUCACUUUGCCGAUGUGCAUUUCAUGUUUGAUGAAGAGCUUUUUCUCAGACAGUUCCUUCUCGGGGAGGCCCCCGAAGUAUUGCUCUACUCUAUAAUGGCGUUAAGUAUCAGAUUCUCUCACGCCCCCUUUCAGGACGAGUCGGCGCCGUGCAACAGGGGAGAGCUUUUCUUUGAUCAUGCGAGGCAGCUCCUCGAGCCAAAUUUUGAUAGCCCCUCUAUUACCAAUGCUCAAGCCUUGGUGCUUUUGAGUACUUACAAGAUUACCUACGGAGGAUCAAGGCAGGCCUAUGUUUUGCUGAGUCUUGCCGUAACCAUGAUGCAAGUCCUUCGACUCGACGAGCAGCAAGAGCCAGACACUGUUUCUACAGAAUUGAACCGGAGGCUUGUCUGCACAGUCCUGCUCAUGGACCAGCUUUUGAGCCUCCCGCUUCGGCUACCGACACUGUUGCCAGACGACUUUCCCAUCCCAUCAACCAUGGGCGAGGAUGAAUUUUGGGCAUUGAAGCACCGGACGCAAGCGCAAGCCCCGUUAGAAUCGAACCACGGAAGGAUCUAUAAUCUUCUAGUUCAGUUGUCCAGGAUCAUCCACGAGAUCGGUCUGGUCUACCGAAACGGCGGCUCAAUAACAGAACUCGAACGAAGCAAGACAGAGCUAGACGUUGUCUUUUCCACCCUGAACUCGUACUAUAGGUAUGACACGGCAAAUCUGAUCGCAAACAAGGACCGGGGGACACUUCGGCGGUUUGCCUUUUUGCAUCUCCUCUAUCAUCACGCUGGACAGCUUGUGACUUUCUGCUCGCUACGGGGUCUGGAGAAGUCCGUUUGCGAACCAUUUUGUCAUCCAGAAUGGGAGGGUCACUGCUACGAGCAUGCACAAUCAAUCACAGGCAUCAUACAGUACACAUUCGAACAGGCUGGCUUUGACCUGCAUAAUCUUCAGAUGGGGCAGAUACUCACAGUUGCCACUAUCGUUCAUGCUCAUGCUCGCAUGAAGGCAUCAUCACGCCACGACAUAGAAAGACUUGGCAUCGAAAUCGCAACGCUCCAGAACUGUGUGGACCGGCUGAAGGUCCGCACAAGAAUGUACAACUGGGUGAUUGAGCACCUGGAGGGCUUCUGGGAGGCUUUCAACCAGAACCACGAAUGCCCAGGAGAAAUCUUCGAUCAGAAUAGCCGGCUUGUGAGUGAGGUUUUGUGCAUAGGCAGCCAAUGGGGAACAAUGUCUCUUCGAGCAGCAGGUACGAAGUCGCAAGCCCUCGUCCUCAAUGUUAUUGGGUUCUCUCGCUAA